ACUCACACACUCACAGACACAGUAACUGCGCCUUUCAUUUUUGUUUCUCUCUGACUCUGGCUCCAGCGAGAGAGUGGUAGAAGAAUAGAAUGGCGCCGAGUACAGGGAGAAGCGCGAGAAAGAGCAGGAACCCAGAUCUUGUUCGAGGCGUGGGCAAGUACUCAAGGUCAAAGAUGUAUCACAAGCGUGGUCUCUGGGCUAUCAAGGCCAAAAACGGCGGCGUUUUCCCCCGCCACGAUGCCAAGCCAGCUUCACCAAUGGCGGAGCUUCAGAAGUCUCCAAAGUUCUACCCAGCUGAUGACGUGAAGAAGCCUCUAAUAAAUAAGAGGAAGCCUAAACUCACGAAGCUGAGAGCGAGUAUUACUCCAGGGACGGUGUUGAUUUUGUUGGCUGGGAGGUUCAUGGGGAAGAGAGUUGUUUUUCUCAAACAACUCUCAUCUGGGUUACUUCUAGUUACUGGGCCAUUCAAGAUCAAUGGUGUUCCUUUAAGACGUGUGAACCAAUCUUAUGUGAUUGCAACUUCCACCAGGGUUGAAAUUUCUGGGGUCAAUUUAGAAAAGUUUGAUGACAGUUACUUCGCAAAGGAAGCAGAGAAGAAGAAAAAGAAAGGAGAGGGGGAGUUCUUUGAGGCAGAGAAAGAGGAAAAGAAGGCAAUCCCGCAACAGAAGAAAGAUGAUCAGAAGCUUGUUGAUGACUCAUUGAUCAAGUCCAUUGAGGGUGUUCCAGAUCUGAAGAUCUAUUUGGCUGCAAGAUUUUCUCUCAAGUCAGGCAUGAAGCCUCAUGAGCUAGUGUUUUAGACAAAAUAUCUCUGUUCUUACUGUGACAAUUUUUGACCCUGAAGUUUGUUUGACUAGAUUAUUAGUUGCCAUAAUUUCAAAUUUUACUUGCAGAACCAAAAUUUUGUAUGGAGAAGAUUUGCUUUAUGCGAGAAAUUCUUUUUGCCAUUUUGGUUGUCUACUAAAGCAGCAGAUCACCUUUCUGGUUUA